AUGGCGAAUAAGCAGAUUACUAAUUUCUUUCGGCCGGUUGAGCAGAACGAAAUUCCAACAACUAACACCGGGACAUCAGAUCCUACAUCCUCGCAUCUAGCCACAAAACGGAAGAUUGCAUGGGAUUCAAUUUUGGGCACGAGUACGCGAUCAAAAUCUCGGAAGCCAAAACAAGAUGGAAAAAUUGUGAGAUGGAUCGAGCAAUUCGAGUGGUUAGACGUUGACACAAGUGAAGGCGGCCGACAACUCGAGGCUGGCAACAUAUAUCGAGUAUGGUGUAAAUGGUGUCGAUCGACACGAGAGAAGACAGAUUAUGCCUCAGAACGUGGUAAACUGGUCGAAAAAAAAGAAAGUCUGACCGAACAUAGCGCCUCAUCAAGACACAUUCACGCACGUGAUAAAUUCUUUGCCGGACCUGUUGAAACAAGUUCACUCGCCAAAGCAUUCCGGAAAUCAGCUGACCACAGUGUUGAUAAAACUGUAGCUGAAUUGAAAAUUAAGUUCAACAUAGCAUAUAUGAUUGCUAAACAUGAAAUGCCGUAUUCGAUGUUUCCAAAGUUACUGCUACUUCACCGUAAAAAUGGAGUUGACAUAAACCCAACAUACGAUAAUACACACAAGUGCGCUGAAAUUAUAGCGAAUAUCGCAGAUGGAAUGAGAAGGGAGUUAUCGAGCAGUAUUAAAAAUGCCAACUACAUUUCCAUUCUUAUCGAUGGUGACACCGAUAACGCUGCAAAGGAAUGCGAAAUCGUGUACGUACGACGUGUCGACAAAAAUGGGAAGGCGACAGUGAAUCUGCUCGGGCAAAAUGUGGUUGAACACGCACUUGCAGAUGGCGUACUGAGUGCCACCAAAGCUUUGUGUGAAUAUGUUGACGAACGUUGGAGCACAAAAUUAAUUGGUUUUUGCGCAGAUGGGGCAGCAGUAAACCUGGGAAGAAACAGAAGUGUCUCUACUUUGCUUCGUGACGGCGUGGCUAACUAUUUGGUGUCAAUCCAUUGCAUGCCGCACCGCCUGGAACUUGCGAUGUUAGCCGUUCAAAAAAACGUUGCUAUGGUGAGGAAUGUACACGAUGUCUUGAAUAUGAUAUGGAAAACAUACCAUUAUUCACCCAAGAGUUACAGGGAACUUGGAUCGCUUGCUAUGGAAUUAGGGGUGAAUGUUUAUACUCCAAAGUCAGUUACUGGUACAAGAUGGGCGCCACACGUGGAACGAGCGUUACGUAUUUUUCUAUCAACGAAACAAGUCGAUAAAAACAAUCCAACUUCGGCAGGUCAGUACGCCGCUGUAUUAGCCCACAGUGAACAUCUUGCUUCAACAACACGGAACGCGGACAUCAAAGGUCGGGCUACAAAAGUUGUACGUACAAUGACCACCCUGAAAUUCGCUGCAUUUUGCCAUUUUUUGUUAGAUUUAUUUUCGGAGAUUGCAACGUUGAGUCACACUCUACAAACAAAUGACGUGAUUCUAACUCAGGCAAUACAAGCUGUUAAAUCGUGUAUUGCGACAGUUGAGUUAAUGAAAAUGCAGCCUGUUGAAAAUGGUUCCCUGGAGAAGUUCAAGGAAAUAAUGAACACUGAACAAAUAAAUUCGAAUAAUGCCAGUACAGAUGACAAUUUGGAGCCAGUUACUUUCCAAGAAAUCAAACUAAAAGGACGCCCAACUUAA